CUUUCAGAGUUGAUAGCAAAGUCCAUUUGUUUAAUCAUUAUCAGAGCUUGUAUUCUUGUUUUCUUCGCUCUAUGUUCAUUGCUUUCUUUUCUUUGCUUCAAAACUUUAUCUUCUCAUGCGGCACUUGUUUUGAUUUGGUGGAUAGUCGGUCGUGCUUUGAAAGUACCACAGCGCCCUCAUUCUCCAUUCGACGACACCAUAGGUGGCAGUGCAUCUGCUCCUGCGAGUAUUGUUGACAGCUUCCUGGGCGGUGACAAUACACAAAGCUUAGCACCAACCAACCCGUUUACGAGCACUGUGAGGCCAGGCCAGGGAUCGCCAUUACAUGGUUAUGAACGGCGAAGUUGGACGCCAAGCAUUCUGGAACCUGAAGGUGCCUCCGACUCGGGAGGAAAUGCUGUCGCUGAUUUAGAAGCUUUCUUCAGCUCGCCCUCUGUUUCCCCUAGUGGAACUCCAACUCACACAAUGAGAUCUGGCAUGCUGCCACCGACUAAUUCUCAAAUACAUUCAACUAAUAGCUUCAUGGAUCCAGGCUUUGCAGCAUACAAUACUAUGCCCCCUCAACCAGGUAAUGAUGCAACUAACUACAAAGCGACUACUAUAAGUCUAGCUAUCUUAACAUUUGCUUCAGAUUCAUUUUGCUUUGUUUAAUUCCAUUGAGCUAACAUUAGAGAUCAUACCAAAGACAUGCCUUAGGGCUGUUUUCCACUAGACGAAUUGAAAGCGUCAGUUUGCUUCCUGAGCUCUGGUUGGUUGCACAUCUUUUCGCUUCACAUAAAGUAGAAGUGGUUCGAAAUGCUGAUUUCGCUGAAGCAAAAAACUCUGAUAGAAAUGUGAAUGCGCAUGAACCAACUCUAUUGAUUUGCGCAACUAAAUUUGCCUAGUGGAAAACAGGAUUUAUUGUUUUACCAUGAACUGCUGCAUAGAUUCAUGUAGAUUUAGACUGUUGAUCAGACAAGACUGGAGCUUGACAUGAAAUACCUUGCUGGUAAAAAAAAUUAGUUUUGUAGCAUCUUCCCUUCCUAGUGUACUGGUACCUCAUUCUUGUGCAUUAUAUAAUCCCUCUCAGCAAUUUAAAUGUAAAUCAUGCAACAAAAAGGAUAACAAUAAAACCC